AUGAUGCAUUGGAAUCUUGAGUGUUUAGGAGGAUCGUCGUGUAGUGUCUACAUCCUCGAAGGCUCUCCUUGGACAAAGAUGACGUAG